CUCCAUGUCCCCAAGCCCCUGCCUGCCUGGGGUUUCCCCCGCUUCAGGGCAGCGGAAGGAAGGCCAGCAGGACAUGCUGUGCUGGGAAAAGCCAGCAGGUCUCCACUUCUCCCUUUCACAGCCUCCUCCCCCUGCCCCCACUCUCGGGGCCUUCCGAGCAGGGGUGGCCUGUGCUCCCCAGGGGGCUGGGGCUCCUCCACACCCUAAUUCAUCUCCCUAGCAGCCCCACGAGCCCCACCAGUGAGUCAGACCUGAAGGAAGUCGGGGAUGGGGCGGGCCUUGACCCUGGGCUGGGCUUUCCCCUGGGCAGGUCCCAAGUCCUCACCUCCCCUCUCAAGUCUCCCACGACGUUCCCACCCCCGCUCCUGAGAGCAGAGCUGGCCACAGCCAUGACCCCGCAGCUUCUCCUGGCCCUUGUCCUCUGGGCUGGCUGCCCGCCCUGCAGUGGAAGGAAAGGGCCCCCAGCAGCUCUGACGCUGCCCCGGGUGCAAUGCCGAGCCCCUCGGUACCCGAUCGCCGUGGAUUGCUCCUGGACCCUGCCGCCUGCUCCAAACUCCACCAGCCCCGUGUCCUUCAUUGCCACGUACAGGCUUGGCAUGGCUGCCCGGGGCCACAGCUGGCCCUGCCUGCAGCAGACGCCAGCGUCCACCAGCUGCACCAUCACGGAUGUCCAGCUGUUCUCCAUGGCUCCCUACGUGCUCAAUGUCACCGCCGUCCACCCCUGGGGCUCCAGCAGCAGCUUCGUGCCUUUCAUAGCGGAGCACAUCAUCAAGCCCGACCCUCCAGAAGGCGUGCGCCUAAGCCCCCUCGCUGAGCGCCAGCUACAGGUGCAGUGGGAGCCUCCCGGGUCCUGGCCCCUCCCAGAGAUCUUCUCACUGAAGUACUGGAUCCGUUACAAGCGUCAGGGAGCUGCGCGCUUCCACCAGGUGGGGCCCAUUGAAGCCACGUCCUUCAUCCUCAAGGCUGUGCGGCCCCGAGCCAGGUACUAUGUCCAAGUGGCGGCUCAGGACCUCACAGACUAUGGGGAACUGAGUGACUGGAGUCUCCCCGUCACUGCCGUGAUGAGCCUGGGCAAGUAGCAAGGGCUUCCUGCUGCCUCCAGACAGGACCUGGGUCCUCGCCACCCUAAGCCCCAGGACACCUGUUGGAGGGCGGAUGGGAUCUGCCCAGCCUGGGCGCGAGUCCUUGCUUUGCUGCUGCUGAGCUGCGGGGCAACCUCAGAUGGCCGGUUUUUCCCUUUAAGCCUCAGUUUCUCUAGCUGAGAAACAGAGAUAUACUACUCUCUCCUUUACCACAGUGCGGGGCUGACUGAAUUGUCACUGUGAGAUAUUUUUUAUUGUUUAAUUAGAAAAGAAUUGUUGCUGGGCUGGGCGCACCUGUAAUCCCAGUUACUGGGAAGCCGAGGUGGGCCAGGAGCUCGAGACCAGUCCAGGCCACAUAGCAAGACCCCAUCUCUAAAAAAUUAAUAUAAAAUAAAU